AGAUAUGUAUCGCUAUCGAUCAUUUUUUAGUUUUAGUUAGAGAUUAUUGGAAGUGGACGCUAAGAUUUUUUGUUUCAAGGUGGAGUGUUUUGAUUUUCCAAGCUCUUCCUUUAUAGACCGCGACAAAAUGUCGUCUGCUUCGUCCCUCCUCCUGGUGCCUAAGGCCAGCAGCUCAUCGUCGAGGUACUACCUUUGCUCCGCUACAACUAGUACCUGGCGCAAGAGCGUCCCAGCACGAGCCGCCUCAAAAAAUCAUCCAUCUCUCAAUAUUCUACCACAAGGACCACGAGGACCUCCGCUUAAUGUUUUCCGUCAUCAACAACAGCAUGAACUACAUGGACCUCAAACAAGGGCGAUCGCUUCCAGUAUCGGACGAUUGGGAAUAGAGGUUUUUGGCGGAUCUUCCUCAUCUUCGACUCCUUCUCUAUCAUCUUCGACUCCACCUAGCUUUUCGCUUUCUUCAUAUUCGACUUCGAGUCCAGGGAGACCGAGGCCGUCUUCCUCCUCGUCUUCUUUCUCAUCGUCAAUUCCAAGAACGUCAAGGUGUACCUCUACUCCUAGCUUGUUUUCGCUUUCUUCACCACGAAGUAGAGCUUUUUUCACGCGGUCACCAGAAGACGCAGAUGCACCGGGAUGUACCUCGGAGGUGAAUCUGACCGAAACCAGCGUGAUGGAGAUGGAAGACACCUCAGCUAGACAAUUUAUGAAAAAUCUAGAACCAGCGUGAUGGAGAUGGAAGAUACCUCAGCUAGACAAAUUAUGACGAGAAAAUCUUCGUCAAAAGUGUAUAAGUAUGAGUUUCUGUAGAAGAGCGAUAGAACAAUAAGGGCGAAGUAGAAGUAGAAGCUUCGACCUGGGCUAGCGGAAUAGAAGGUGGCUCUCACUUUAGUAGAGCGAGUAUGUGUCAGAGGAUAAAGAUAAUUUACGACGAGCACAACUCGAGAAUGUCUCAAAAAAAAUCUGAAGGAAGAUACUACAAUUUCAAACUUGUCCUACAAUUUCAAGCUUCUAUUCACAUCAUCUAAUCCUUCCUCUGCAAUGAAGAGGUCGUCAGAGCGAUUUUUCCAGCGCACUUCUUCCUCGUGGCUCACAGGCUGGCCGUCGCCUGAGGAGGCGGGGUAUGUUUUCGCAAAGAUACUCAUAGAGAAGGCCGAACGUAAGGAGGAGGAAAUGAAGAAGCACCUAAAAGUAAAAUUAAGGCUUCAUCCCCUAAAAGUGGUCCAUGAUCUUUUUGAAAGACAUCUUCGACAUGGGAGCAGGGUUCUUGGGCUUUCAAAAAGAGGGUCAGCAUAAUCCUGUGAAGAAUCUGUUUUAUUUUCAAGAGGAGGAAACGCAUAGAAGGAUGCCUCUCGAGAUGGGUUAGAGCGAGCUCUAAUAAAACUCAAAAAACAGCUGGACCGCGCUAGAGGUUUCGCCGAGGAUGAUGGACUGCCAGAAGCACCAAAAGACCUGUUCUUGAGCACGUUGCCCUCAGAAUCGACGAGGACAGAUUCUUAAGACGUUGACACAGUUUCACGCUUUGUACUUUUACGCAUCCUCACAUUCACACGCUGACACUGGAAGGCAUUCGAAAUCGAAUGCAGGUCCCCUUUGCGUAGACUCGCCGUCGCCUAGAAGGCGUAUUCGAGGAACAAAGAGAGACCGUUCUUGAGUCGAGUCGAUUCUUCUCCGUAAUUAUUACGGAUUAGGUCAUCCUCAUCCCAAUAGAAAUAUUGCUAGUAGAGCUGGUGCGUCAAUAAAUGUAUCCUGUGCCGUUCUAUCAUAAUCACCUUCGGCACGUGCGUCGUCUAAGUUUUUGAAAUAGAUCCUGCGGAAGUCGAGCCGAAACGCAUUGAGGACUUCCAUACUCCAGCAGCGCCAGGAAAGUUUCGAGAUAUGCGACGCAAAGAAAGUUGCGAAAAGUACUAUAACACUACUGCCAUCUCGAUUAGAAUUCAAAGUUGUUCACGUUGAGGCCUUCCCCCUCUUCUAUCUACGUCUCCCAAACACUUUCAGCCAGCCGCCUCUUGCGCUGCCAGUCUAUGGGCCCUCCUGUGCCCCCACGGGCUGCUCCCGCGGGCGGCGUUUCCCGCCAGAAUGUGCGCAAGGCAUGGGGACGCGGGUGCGCGUGGCCCUCGCGCUGGCUGCGUCUGGUCUCGGGUCCUCUGAAUUACCUGUCGCCGACUAGGCGGAACGAAAGCGAUGCGGCGCGCCUGGCUGUCCUUCGGUUUUUCACGGGGUCUACACCCCAACGAAUCUGAUAGGACAAGGGCCCCGGACGCCUUUCGUGAGGCGGAGGCACUGGCUUGGCAGGCCUUUGCUUAGAUUGGGCGCAGAGGAUUCUCGCGGGCUGUCACGAUGGCAGUGAAGGCAGUAGGCGAAACGGCGCGGGCCGUAGUCGUUCAGGGUCAGUGGAGUCAGUCAUAUGGCUGCGAUGGUUGUCGGCAUUUGUUGCAAUAUCGGCCAAGUUUAUUACUGAGAAGGCCGCGCAAUAUGACAGGGAGCGGGAGGCCGCGCGGCCCCUGGUCCCACACGGACGGAAAAGCUCGCGGAUGCUACAUUGCAGGCCCAUGGAUGUGCGCAGUGGGGUUGCUCCUUGGGAAUGGGUGGAGCAGCGGGGGUUGGCGUUACAUUACAAACAAGGCAAGCUCAGGCAGGGCGCGGCGGGGUCGCGCGUGCUGUAGCGAGUUCUUGUCUCUUUGCUUCGGGGUCGGUGCGUGGCUUGGUGACAGACUGCGGCAAGCUUUGGUUGUUCGUUGUUUCUUUCUUCUUCUUGAUCUUGGUAGUCUUGUUACAAAUUAUUUCGGCCAUGCGGUAUGCCGUGGUGUUUUCUCAUCGCCAUAGAUAGGGCCUCGACUUUGGCCUCCUUCUUUGGCCGUGUGAGAUGAGUCAGGCAGAUACUUCUUCUUAGCGUGGUAACGUCAUAUCUUAGCCUUAGGCAUUGAUAAACCGCGGCUGCCGCGCUGUAAUCGUGUAUAUUCAUGCCUUCUCCUUUUCGUUUUCCCUCGUUUCACAGGUCCAUAGGCCUAGCGGAUUUCAGGAUAGUUGCACGGGAGAAGGUUAAUCUGGAGCUGUCAGACGUGGAAUUGAAGCGAAUCUUUGAAGAGCUAGACGCGAAUAAGGAUAGUCGUGUCAGUGUCCAAGUUAAGGAUCGUUGUAUAUCAGUGAGCUCUCUCAGUUGUAGUUGGCACCGCAGUUGCAGUGCUCCGUAUAAAAUAUUUUUGUUGUUUCAGUUGAUAGCACAUUCUUUCGCUGGAAGCAGUCGCAUCUUUGAUGACUGUUGACGGCCUCUUCGUCUUCACAACCACAGCAUGGCAACGCCAUGAGUUCUCUCUGGAACUGCUCGAGAAUCUCAGGAAUGCUAUGUACAAAUGUUUACUACGAGACGGGAAAGGGAAUGAUGUUUCAUUAUAAAAUAUUCCUCAAAAACAGGACCACCGCUAGUUUUUCUAAUCUUCAGUGGAUCCGAGGCGUGCACGUUUCCCCAUUCCUCCGUAUGUUAGUCAAAGUCUGCAUCCGCAUCGAGCAAGAAAAAGCGACGUCAACGCAGCAGCUGCUUUUUAAGUAUGGCGAAACACAUUCUCAACAGUCUACUUAUAGUACUCAUGUUUCGCUUCAAUAUAGCUUCUGCUCUGUUUGCAGCGAGACCAUGAUCAAUUUUGCUCGAGGAGUAUUUCGGAUGAUCCACCACUUCUCCCACAAUACUUAGUUGUAUUCAUUGUGGGAGAAGUGGUGGGGCUCAUGGCAUUCAUGCUCAACAUCGAUUCUUUUAUAAGUAUCAUCAGCUAGAUCUUCAUCUUCAUCUUGAACCUCCUUCUAGGAAUCAUUUUCAUUGCAAAGCUAAUAGUGUGCGUCAUCUAAAAACUCGAUAUGGACGCGCCCGAUCCUGCACUAGCGGUGAAAUCGCAUGCAGAACUCGACUUUCAGGAAUUCGUUAAGACACGAAGUGGCUCGCUAUUAGCCAAUGGAGGUCAGAAACAAGAAGGUGAAGAAAACGAUAAUGUCUGUAACGGGAGUGUUAUGGCUUGGGAAUAAGGCUGACUCGAUUGGCAUUCUUGGUGCCUCAAAUAUUGAUCUAAUUGUAUUAACUUGUUUGUAAUAUUUAAUCUCUCGUCAUGCUUCUCCUACUCCUUCUUCUUAAUCUUGAUUUUAUCUCACGAUGAUUAUGGAAGUGCCCCCGCCUCCGCAUCCCUUCAUAUAUCGCAAGUGACUUCUCCAAGAACCUGCCACGGACUAAACCCUAUCGUAAACCCUUUCUAAUACUGACCGCGCAACACUUGACGACGCGCGUUUGCAAUUUCCCUGGCCUACCUUUGACUACACGCUGUCCACUGAGGAGAACUACGCCGUUCAGAAUGGUCCUACAUCUAGUGGUGACGGAGACAAGUGCCGGCUUUUCUUUGGAGAGUUCCGAAAGAUCCGGAGAAACUUGGAUUAUAAUUAUGACUGUCCAGCAGGAACAGGUCCACGCAAUGGGUAUUUUUAUCGAUAUUUAUCAUGAUAACAUUCAUAAGGAUACCUGUCUAAGAUCGUAGAAGAUGCAUCACAAGAACGAUCAUAGAGUCAUUUCACCAACUUCAGUUUACAUAAAAAGUAGUUGCUUACUCUGUUCUUGGCCUUGGCCUUGUCAUCUACGAGAAUUUUUAGUCUUCACCACUAGCUACCAUACCCCGCACUACAAUACCUACAGUACUACUACUUCUACGACUAGGACUACCACUGCCGUCUAUGAUGGCAUCUAACCUCGAUUCCACAAGAAUUACUUUCGCUAUUAAAAAUUGUGCAUCUAUGAUGGCAUCUAACCUCGAUUCCACAAGAAUUACUUUCGUGAACGGCAAUUCUGGCAGGAUGAGCUGAUUCGGCGCAGUGUGCUUCUCACGGGUCCAAAGCGCGCUAGACCUUGGAUUGUCCAUACUUGUGGACCUAUGGGCGCUGGAAAAGGCUUCGUCCUUAAGGCAUAGACUACGUAAUAACGACCUAAGUACUAUUUAAGGCCAAGGGAGCACUUCCUCAGAUUAUGAUCAUGAUCCUUGUUUACCUCUUUUAUACUAAGUAAGUUCCUCUCAAAGGUUCUGAAAGGGGAACAAGAUGCAAGAACACUCGUGUCGUAGCUCUAAUGUGCUUGGAUGGAUGUCGGCGAGAAAGAUUUUGCCUCUUGAGCACGUGUCAAAGAUCGAUCCCGAUCAUUUCAAAGCUCUCUUGCCUGAAUGGAAUGGGUAUCUUACCCAUGAAGAUGCUGAGAUUCGCGCGCAAGCAGGGUCCUUGUGUUAAGGCUCAGCUUUCAAUGGUCAUUGGGGUUGGUCACUGAGAUCGAAGAGGCGACCCCUUGAGAGAACAGGGGAAAAGGAAGGGAAAGGGGAGAGCUUUGAAGGGGGUCCCUUCCGUUCAGAGUCAGUGACCAUUGAGUGCUGAGCUUUAAUUGUGCCACAAAGAGAGCGGCUACAUAAGCGAAAUCGCACAGGAAGUAGCACUGGAAGCAGGAGUAACAAUUUGGGUCGACGGUUCGCUUUGGAACCACGACUAUUAUAAAGAAAGAUUCAAGCGCAUACGGAAAUCCUAUCCCCAGUACCGCAUUGCGAUCGUCUCGAUAACUUAUGUUGAGGACGAAUCUAUUUAAACACUUUCUCGAUUAAUCUACUAAGGAGGUGUGGGAACUUCCCCCAGUAUUCGAUUUUAGACUUUAUAAUUAGCAGCUCUUAGUUUAGAACGAGUUAGUUCUAGAAGCAAAGAGUUAGUUUAUGUUGAGGACGAAUCUAUUCGAUUUUAGACUUUAUAAUUAUGGCUCUUAGUUUAGAAGUUAGUUCUAGAAGCAAAGAGUUUGAGUUAGUUCGUCUUCUAGCAGGCACAAGUAUAAACUUUCCGACCGAGCAGGACAGAAUUCUUGACUUGUUAUAAGUAUUUUCCUUUUGUUCCUUUCGACUGCGCUUACUUUCAUAUCAUUCGCAUCAAUAUUUCAGCUCUUAGACUUAGUCUUGCAACCGACAUCAUCAUUUAGAAGUUAGUUCUAGAAGCAUUCAAAGAUGGUUCGUUAUCGUUUCCAUGAUCCGGAUCCUCUUCUAAUACUGUGCAGAAGAGAGCAUCGUUCAGAAGAGGUUGGCAGAUCGUGCUGUCGAGACUGGACGACAGAUCCCGCCUCUGCGUGCGCGCACGGCCGCCAGAGCUUUAGAGCGCUUACCGGAGCUCACUGGCCUCGUAGAUUUUCAUGCGCGCAUCACCAAUGACCUCGAACCGGUCCUCGAGUACGUGGAAAUGCACAAUUCCCAAGGUGACUGGGACCUCAUCCAGAGGCUAUUCUGA